UUCCUCCUUCCCAGAACUCCGAGAAUAGAAAAGUCAUUGCUCACAUCAAAAUAUGUGAAGAAACUCUUCAACAAUGGGACGAAAUUUUUUUAAUGCCAACAAUUGCAUAUAGUUUGUCUAUAAAUAAAGUUGUUGAGAAAGACAGAAGAAAGAGAUAUUGAUGAAAAUGGUGGAGGAAGAUGUGGUGAUAGUUGGUGCAGGGAUAGCAGGAUUGGCCACAGGGGUGGCUCUGCAAAGACUUGGAAUUCGAGCCUUGAUUUUAGAAAAAUCUCAAGGCCUUCGAGCCACUGGUGCAGCCUUAACCCUCUCGCCAAAUGCAUGGUUUGCUCUUGAUGCUCUUGGUGUUGCUCAGAAGCUCUCUUCUCUAUAUACUCCUUUAAAGACGGGAUUUGUCACAGAUGUUGGAACUGGAGCUACUCAAGCAGUCUCCUAUGCUGCAACUGGAGCCACCGGGUUUCGAGCAGGACCAAGACCAGUUCAUCGCAAAACCUUAUUAGAGGCGUUGGCAGAUGAGUUGCCGAUUGGCGCAAUUCGUUUCUCUUCCAAUAUUAACGCUAUUGAAACACAAUCACCGGACGGUUCUCCAAUUCCUAUCAUACAUUUGAGUGAUGGUACUGUAAUCAAAUCCAAGAUUCUGAUAGGAUGUGAUGGGGUACACUCCGUCGUGGCACGUUCGCUCGGACUCGGAGCACCAGUCGAUUCAGGUAGAUCAGCUGUGCGUGGACUGGCUGUGUUUCCUGAUGGCCAUGGCUUGAAGCAAGAAGCCAGCCAAUUUCUAGAUGUAGGCAUAAGGGCUGGAUUUGUUCCUCUCAAUGAAAAGGAAGCUUAUUGGUUCCUCGCUUGUAAAUCUUCACCCAAAGGAGAAAUGAUGGAAAGAGAUCCAGAAUUGGUACAAACAGAAGUACUCGAGAAUUAUGCCAAGGAUUUCCCUGAAAUAUACAAAGAUAUGGUCCGUCACUCCGAUCUUUCAACAUUGACAUGGGCUCCAUUGAUGUUCAGGUAUCCAUGGGACAUUGUGUUUGGCUAUUUAAGGAAGGGAAGCAUCACAGUGGCCGGCGAUGCAAUGCACCCCAUGACACCUGACCUUGGACAAGGUGGCUGUGCAGCUUUAGAAGAUGCAGUGGUACUGGGUCGACACAUUGGCAAUUCACUGAUAAAAAAUGGAGGACUUUUUCUAGGGGCAGUUGCUCAGGAUUUAGAUGGUUAUGUUCAGGAAAGAAAAUGGCGUGUGUCUUGGAUAGUUGUAGGGUCAUACUUUUCAGGGUGGAUUCAACAAGCAGGGUCAAAUUGGUGGAUGAAAUUCCUGAGAGCUAUCUUCUACAAGUUUCUCAUAACCAAGAUCAUUAGGAUUGCAGAUUAUGAUUGUGGGAAACUGCCUAAAGUUUCUUUCUCUAGUGAAUUGGGAAAUUCAAAGAAAAUAGAAUAA